GCAGCCAAACCGGAAGGGGAGGCGCUGGGGCCUGGAGGAGCGGCCUGGAUCGCUGCGGUCGCCGGUGUUUGUGGGUCGCAGGGAGCCGGGCCGGCGGGCGGGCGGGCUGAGUCGCGAUGCCGGAGCUGGCGGUGCAGAAGGUGGUGGUCCACCCCCUGGUGCUGCUCAGUGUGGUGGAUCAUUUCAACCGAAUCGGCAAGGUUGGAAACCAGAAGCGGGUUGUUGGUGUGCUUUUGGGGUCAUGGCAAAAGAAAGUACUUGAUGUAUCCAACAGUUUUGCAGUACCAUUUGAUGAAGAUGACAAAGAUGAUUCUGUCUGGUUUUUAGACCACGAUUAUUUGGAAAACAUGUAUGGAAUGUUUAAGAAGGUCAAUGCCAGAGAAAGAAUAGUUGGGUGGUACCACACAGGCCCCAAACUGCACAAGAACGAUAUCGCCAUCAAUGAACUCAUGAAAAGAUACUGUCCCAACUCUGUGUUGGUCAUUAUUGACGUGAAGCCGAAGGACCUGGGACUUCCCACCGAAGCUUACAUCUCAGUAGAAGAAGUUCACGAUGACGGAACGCCAACAUCAAAAACUUUUGAGCACGUGACCAGUGAAAUUGGGGCAGAGGAAGCUGAGGAGGUUGGAGUGGAACACUUGCUGAGAGACAUCAAGGACACUACAGUGGGAACUCUCUCUCAGCGGAUCACAAACCAGGUCCAUGGUUUGAAGGGACUGAACUCCAAGCUCCUGGACAUCAGGAGCUACCUGGAGAAAGUGACCAGUGGCAAGCUGCCCAUCAACCACCAGAUCAUCUACCAGCUGCAGGACGUCUUCAACCUGCUGCCGGACGCCAGCCUGCAGGAGUUCGUCAAGGCCUUCUACCUGAAGACCAAUGACCAGAUGGUGGUGGUGUACUUGGCCUCCCUGAUCCGCUCGGUGGUCGCCUUGCACAACCUCAUCAACAAUAAGAUCGCCAACCGGGAUGCAGAGAAGAAGGAGGGACAGGAGAAGGAAGAGAGCAAGAAGGAGAGAAAAGACGACAAAGAGAAGGAGAAGAGUGAUGUGAAGAAAGAAGAGAAAAAGGAGAAAAAGUAAAUGGUGUGGCUUUUUUAUGUAAAUUAAAAUCUUAUAAACUAACUCCGUGUGCCGCUCGAGGGUUCUUUGUCCCAGUCAGUGCUUGUUAAAGCUGUUCUGACAGCUCUCUGCCUGUCACCCUUGCUGUGGCCUUUGCGGAGUCCAUGGACAGAAGGACGGCUCGCAGCCCUACACUGCAGCUCCAGCUGCAUGCCUGGGGGAUGCGGGGGACAGUGUAACCUUUGGCGGUCUUCCUUCUUUUACCCUUCAAACCGGCAUUGGGUGUGGUUUCCUGUCUAAGAUCAUGGGAUCUGUUGGUGGUAAUUGGCAGAACUGCUAAAUGGAAUUCUUGGAUCCCAUCCGCUGUGCUCUGACCCUUCUGAACUCUUGAGACCACACCACAUUGUGGACCUCUAACUCUAGCAUUCUUAGGGCUCGGGCUCCCAGGUCCAUGUACUGUUUACCUUCAAAGAUACGAUUAAAUGACUUGGUUUUUAA